AUGGCUUCCCAGCAGCCCAACCAACUCAGGGAUUUCCAUGCCGAGAUCAGAGAGGUUCUUUCCCAGAAGGAUCCCACCUUCAAGCCUUCCUUUGCAGCAAUGUGGGUGGACAACCUGCCGGAGGAGUCGGAAGAUCCCUUUUCAAAGGCGGACGAGAAUUUGGAAAAUCUUUCCAAGGUAAAGCUGCAUUCGAGCGAGACUGCCUCCAGUUUGCAAGGGACGUUGAAGAGCCGUCGUACGGCCAAAGUUCUUCACUUGAAGAAUCAAAACCUCAUCGGAGCUAGCGUUGUCAAGAGCUACAUGGAGAGCAAUGCAUGCUUCAAGGCAGGGGUCCCAUGGGAGGAUCCGGAGGCCACAAUUGCUGCAGAGAAGUACCUCCAAGAUGUUCUUGCGAAGUCUGGCGCUGUGCUUCUUUGGGGUGACCUGACAAAGCUCGGAAAGAUCACAGGGAAGGAGCUUGACUCAAUGGCGCACGUGGUGUCCAGUGUCAUACGGCAAAAGCCAACCAUGAGUGCUGCCUUCCUAGUUGCCCCAGUCAUGGCCAAGACCAACAUACGCACAGAGAUGAGGUCAACACGGCGACUGAUCCCGUUUGCAGCUGAGACGUCGUACAUCGUCCCCUCGGCUGAGCGCGACUCGCUACCUCAUGCAUCAGAGGGCAUGAGGAGCCUUUCAGACACGCAGGAAAGCGCACAAUUCCUGUCCGGAAAGGCUUUCCCAGAGGCAAUUCUCACAGCCUUGCUUACAAAAACUGCAUUGCCCUCGAAGCUUCUUGGAAUCGUAAACUGCACUCCAUACGAUUGCUGGUUGGAACGUGUCUGCGUGGAGCAUCUUUGCAGCCCAGCAGUAAUAUUUUUAUCAUUUGGCUUCGGACUUUAA